GUAAGUCUUGAGGUUUGCUUGAGUAAUUAUUGAGGUAGCUACCGUACCCCUUGGUUCUCAAUUAAUUAAUGGUUCAACCCAAAGAAAAGAUGUUUGACUGCAAUUCAUGUGUUAUGCACAUACACACAUCGUAAGCCUAAUUGGCUAAGUACACUUUUGUUUGCCCUUAUUUUUCAGUGUAUUUGUAAAUGCUUCUUUAUGCAUUUAUUUUUUGCUCCUUUCCUGUUAUUUUGAUUACCCAUAUUAUUAGAUAAUGGAGCUUGCCUAAAAAGGAGCCUAGCUGGAUCUUAUGGAUACAGUAAUUAUGUUAUGGUGAAACCAUACUGGUACCUCCAGAUUAUGUUAUCAAGAAAAGCACAAUUUGGUUUUACAUUGUGAGAAAGAUGGAUGCUUUAAUUUCACAUACCUGUAAGAGUUAUUAUGCAUGUGUUGGAGAGAGCACUCACGCAUACCAGAGCCCUUCGAAAGACUUGACAGCCAUAAAUAACCGUUUGAAUGGUACUCGGAAGCUCCGAGGCACACUCAAUUUUGAUGAUGUUGAUGUUGGCUUGGUCAGCGAUUCUCUGGUGGCCAAGAGUCUUCAACUUCAAAAUGGAAGCUGUGCAUCCUCCUCGAAUGCACCCUUGAAAUCAGAGAAACCCAGCUCGUAA